GCGGCGGACCUGGAGCUCCCGCGAUCCCGAAGGUGAGUCUCAGGCGCUUCGUGCUGACUCGCCCGCCCCAGGAAGAUUAAGAUAGGUGCCUUGGAGUAGGUGAGGAGGGGACGUCUGCGCGGGCGUGGCCCCCGCCAGCCUCUCGUGGUCACCUGGACACACGCCUCGGGUAGAAGGAGGUCCCGCCCCUGCGCCCGCUGGGGUCGUUGGAGAAGACCCCCUUGUGGAGGCGGAGCUUUGUGACCAGACCCGAGGUGCAUCCUCCUGAAGAAGAUUAAAUCAGAGGAUCUUAAAUCAGUUACAUAUCCACCCCAGGCUGGAUUGAGCCCUUCUAAGUUAAUCCCAGAAUGGCUUCAGCAGGGGAACAGGAUGGACUUAAGAUUGUGAAGGUGGAGGAGGACCCUAUCUGGGACCAAGAAACCUACCUUCGAGAGAACAACUUUUCUGGCCAGGAAGCCUCCCGCCAACUUUUUAGACACUUUUGUUACCAAGAGACUCCUGGUCCCCGAGAAGCACUGAGCCGGCUUCGGGAACUCUGUCAUCAGUGGCUGAGGCCAGACACACAUACCAAGGAGCAAAUCCUGGAGCUCCUGGUGCUGGAGCAGUUCCUGACCAUCCUGCCUGAGGAGCUCCAGGCCUGGGUACGUGAGCACCACCCCAAGAGUGGGGAGGAGGCAGUGGCUGCAGUUGAAGACCUGGAGCGAGAGCUCAGUGAACCAGAGAACCAGGCCCCAGAUUGUGAACAUGGACUUGCUGAAAUGCUCUCAGGGGAUGCAGUGCAUUUGAAGGCCAAGCAGGAAUCAACAGCUUUCCAGCUUCAGUCCGUGGUGACACAGCUCAAAUGUGAAUCUUUUGGGCUCCACAAAUUUGGAGAACAAGAUGGUGAAACUGUACUUGAAAACCAGGACUUGACAUCAAAACAGGAAGUCUUAAAAGAAAUGGGACAUUUUGAGAAUAGCAGACUCCAAAGAGAUGUUCCUUUAGAUUCUAAAAAUAGAGAAAUGUGUAAACGUGAGAGCAGGGCAGAAAAACAGAGCAGACAGCCCACUGGAGAGAGACGUCACAAGUGCAAUGAGUGUGGGAAAAGCUUUACUCAGAGUUCAGUUCUCAUUCAGCACCAGAGAAUCCACACUGGGGAGAAGCCAUAUGAAUGUAGAGAAUGUGGAAAGACCUUCAGCCAGAGGUCAGGCCUGAUUGAACAUCAGCGGAGCCACACUGGAGAGAAACCCUAUCAAUGUAAGGACUGCGGGAAAGCCUUCAGUGCCAGCAAUGGCCUCAUUAGACAUAGAAGGAUCCACACGGGGGAAAAACCAUAUGAAUGUGAAGAGUGUGGGAAAGCCUUCCGCCUGAGCUCGUACCUUGUUCAGCAUCAGAGGAUACACACUGGAGAGAAGCGCUAUCGCUGUAAUGAGUGUGGAAAAGCCUUCAGUCAGAAUGCAGGGCUUUUCCAGCAUCUCCGAAUCCACACUGGUGAGAAACCCUAUCAGUGCAGUCAGUGCAGUAAAAGCUUUCGUAGUCGAACACUCCUUAUAAAACAUCAGAGAAGCCACACUGGAGAGAGACCGUAUAAGUGUGAUGAGUGUGGGAAAGCUUUCAGUCAUCAUUGCAACCUCAUUCGGCAUUUUAGAAUCCAUACUGUUGUCAAAUUGGACUAAACUAACCCUGUGGACCACCAGGGCCCUUCAAUGAGGUGAUCCUUGGGAAAGUAAGAUAUUCAAAUGGCUUAUUUUACUCUUAUGAAAUUUAUUUUGCUUUGGAAUGCAUGAUUUUUUUGCAGACCACGUGCUGCUGUCUCCUGAGUGGAUAACUGUGGGUGUGGGCAUGUGGGCACUUGCUGGGCAGCUUCUUUCUUCCCUAUCCCUUGGUUCAUUUCUAACAAUUUCCCUUAAAGCAACCAAAUCUUACCUGGAAAUAAAUUGGUAUGUAGGGGC